GCGGCUGCCUUCCGCUUCUGGGCUGUAGGAUUGACACACAAUGAGGAGCGGAGGCAGGGGAGACGCUCUCAAAACGCCGCUGUAAAUAAAUACAACAUUCACUGAGGCCGGAGAAACAUGGAGAACCAGUGCACAGUGCAGGUAAAGCUGGAGUUGGGUCACAGAGCCCAGCUAAGGAAGAAAGUGACAUCAGAGGGUUUCACCCACGACUGGAUGGUGUUCGUCCGAGGACCAGAAACUGGCGACAUCCAACAUUUUGUAGAGAAGGUUGUCUUCCGCCUGCAUGAGAGCUUCCCAAAACCCAAGAGAGUAUGCAAGGAGCCUCCAUACAAAGUGGAGGAGUCGGGCUACGCAGGCUUCCUCAUGCCUAUUGAAGUUUACUUCAAGAACAAGGAGGAGCCAAAGAAGGUGUUUUUCAACUAUGAUCUAUUCCUUAACUUAGAAGGGAAUCCCCCAGUCAACCACCUGCGCUGUGAGAAGCUCACCUUCAACAACCCCACCAAAGAAUUCAGGAGAAAGCUGAUCAAAGCUGGAGGGGUGCUAGUGGUUCCAGAGGGGGCUGAAGCUGUGUCUCGACCCAGUCCAGAUUACCCAAUGCUCCCCACCAUCCCCCUCUCUGCCUUCUCAGACCCCAAGAAGACCAAGACCUCUCAUGUGUCAAAGGAGCCCAGCAAAGAAGGAAGUGGUGGAAGCAAAGGACCGAAACCGCAUAAACUGACCAAGGAACAUCGCGAACGCCCCAGAAAAGACUCUGAGAGCAAAGCCACAACAAAAGGAGACAACGACAGAGAUGGAAGCAGCAAGAGUGGCCGGGAUCCUUCGUCUUCCUCGUCCUCAUCUUCAAAAAAGCCGCCAGAGAUCAAAGUGAAAGAUGAAGUUAAGGUCCUACCCAAGGCUGCAUUCAAGGAGCCUAAGCUCACCCUGAAGGAGUCAAAGAUGGAGGGCAUGUCCCCUAAAGGAGGGGGGGCUGGGAGUGGAGGGGGAGGAGGUGGGGGAGGGUCGGCAGAUUCCAAAGCUCCGGGUAAACGACCCUCUGCCGUGGAAUCUCCCAAACCCAGUGCAAAAAAGCAGAAGAAGGCCAGCUCAGAGGGGCCAAAGGGGCCGACCAGUGGAGCCUUCACAGGAACGUCUCCUCGUGUCUCCUCAUCUGCAGCCAGCCAGCCCUAUCCCGACAAGAAAUCCUCCAAGGAAAAGGGUCGGGGGCCCAAAGGAAAAAACGACACACAGGAGCUGAAGGAGCCCAAGAAACUUCCAGAGUCUGAAGAGUCCAAUUCAGAAGAUGAGGCAUCUUCAAAGUCAGAGCAGUCGGCACCUUCCAGUCCUUCCAACUCCAGUUCCAGUUCUGACUCCAGUUCAGAUUCAGACUUUGAGCCAGGACAGAAACAAGGACAAGGACCCCUACGAUCCAUGGUGGAGGAGAUCCAGUCAGAAGAGUCAGAUGAUGAUGACAGCAGCUCAGAGGAGGAAACACCCAUCAAAACAAAUCCCCCCAAUCGCGACUCUAGACUCAGCCUGGACAGCGAGAGUGACAGCAGUGAUGGCUCGCACCGCCCCAGUCGAGACCCCGCCCCGCCCCCACAAAAACACAGCUCCUCCAAUAACAAAGUAUCAGGCAGAAAGAGUCCAGAUUCCUCGUUUCGUUCAGAGAAGGUGUUGAAGAAGGGAUACGACAAGGUAGGAAGGGCCUACACGGAAGAACUGGUGGACCUGCAUCGCAGACUGAUGGCUUUAAGAGAGCGUAAUGUCCUACAGCAGAUUGUUAACCUGAUUGAGGAGACGGGGCACUUUAACGUGACCAACACCACCUUUGACUUUGACCUCUUUUCACUGGACGAGUCCACUGUCCGCAAACUACAGAGCUACCUGGAGGCGACGGCCACGUGACAGGAAGUGGAAAGCGGCGUGUGGAUUGCAGCGGCGGCGGAAGUACGCGUGCCAUCGCCUCUUCUCUGUUAAGGAGGUGACGAGCAGUUACAUCUGUCGCAGCCGUUUCCCAGGUCUGACUGAAACAUUGAACAACUACCACACAAGCAGAAACACACGGUCAAACACAAGCACAUAUGAAGACACCACCACCACCACCGCCGCCCUCACAUGACUCUGGGAAGGAAACGGUAGGAGGAGGCUGAGGUGUAGAAGGAGGAGCUGAUCUCCAUCUACAGUCAGAAUUUUCAUCGCACAUCUCUUUUUUUUUUUUUUUUUGGAGUCUGUGCAGAGCUGUGGAACCCACACCCACUUCACCCUCCUGCACACAUAUUGCUCCCACCUCCGCAAACCCAACACUUCCCCUCCUCUUCCUCCUUCUCACACGCACAUUUCUUACUCGGCAGAACACUCCAGUUCCCCUACCCCUGCUGUGAGCUGGAGCUCAUUUCUCUCCUGACUUUUGAGGCCUGUUUGUGUGCGUGUGUGCGUGUGUGCGUGUGUGCGUGUGUGUGUGCGCGCGCAUGCGCCCAUGUGAGCACUGCUGAGGUUAAAGAGGAGAUGUUAUGUUUGUGGUUACUGACUUCGCUUUGUUCGUGACGCUUGAGGACAAACAGCUGGUUUCCUUCCUGCCCCGAACACACACACAUAUAGAUGCAUUCAGGUAACACUUUACUUUAACCCCCUCCACAAAACUACAGUAUUUAUUGGCACUGCAUUAAAAUCUAAUCAUUGUUUUAAUGGUUUGCAGCACACUUAAAUGUAGUCGUAACAGAAUGGAAUAUUAGUGCACUGUGUUGGCCUGAAAAAUAAGACAACCCUGAUUCACCACACGUAAAAACCGUGGAACCUUAAUUUUGUGUGUCUUGGCUGCUGGACAGAUUACUUAAUACUCUUCUUGCGUUAAUCUCUGCAGGGAAGGCUCAUUCUCACUCAUGAUGAAUUAAUUUCUCCACCUUUCUAAAAUGGCCCUCGGGGACGGAGAGUCUAACUGAACACUAUUUGUUCACUUACUCUUAAAAGACACGAUGAACACACCUGAAGUCUGUUGCGGUUCCAGUGACAAUACUUAAUGCUGCAAACAACCCAUAAUCCAUCAUUCUGUGGGAGCUCAUAUAACAACAGUUCUCUCUGUCAGGUUCUUGAGUAAAGGUGAACCCCCCACACACAUACAUUUAAAGCAUGUUUUAUUUCUGCCUAUUUCAUUAGGGAUGCAUGAUGUUGGACUUUUGCCGAUAUCCAUUAUGCCAGUAUAGUGCUUGGGCUGAUGACAUACAAUACAUAUAUUUUUCCCUGCACUGGACUGCACAGGUCAUUUAGACUCUUGUGUAGUUAAAUUAAAAUAUCUUUACAUACAAGUUUUUACCAAUAACCGCUGAUACCAAUGUCGGCCCUACUUGACACUGAGGAUGCUGGAAGUAGAUUAUCCGAGUAGCUGCUUGUUAUCUUUUCUCUUGGUCGUUCUACAGUAAACAGUUGUCCUUAUGUAAAUUCUAUACUUGCUGAGAAAUACUGUAGGUUAAUAAACAGAUGUCCUUAUUGCCACCAACAACUACAUUAUAGUGUGUUUGUUAUGCUCAGUGGUAGAAGGGGGUUAAAGGAAAGUGGUAGUUGGAUCCAUGCCCGUCUGUCUCCCUGGGCCUUUUUUUUUUUUAUGUAAAACUGUACACAAAGACGUUGUGUGUGUGUGUGAGAGAGAGAUAGAGACUAUUUUUCAGGUGAAGUUUGUCUGUCUGAACAUCUGUAAACGUAUGUUCUCUUGAGUUUCCCUCUCUACUUCCUCACACUGAAAGCUGAGCCUUGGCCUCCUACCAACGGCAUCCCCACCCACCUCUUCUUUCCACUGAAGCUCUCUCUCACUCCAUCCCUCCUCUUCACCCUCCACCUCUUCCUCCUCUUCUUCCCAUAUUGGCGUGCAUGAAAGGGCUCGACUGCUCACAGCCAGAGCAGUGGAGUAUCACUCCUGAAUUGCCUUCUAAGUGGUGCGUAGGGUUUAAUGAAAAAGCCGUGAAAAAGUAGCCAUACUCUUCUCCCAGAAUCCAAAAAAUAAGAAGAAUAACAUAGGGGCCACGCUUUUUUAACAUUUUAUUUUUCUACAAGUGCAUUUUGUGUAUUUAUUCCCUGACUGCGGUUAAGAUAACCUGUGAGCUAUGAAUGUAUACCGCUUUUACUUUUGUACGGCCAGUAGCAGCAGCAGCAGCAGCCCCUCUCUAGUGCCUUCUUCUGCGACCUGCAGUGUGAGGGGGUGGUGUGCGCUCUUUAGCCAUGGUCACACAGAAAGAAAUCAACCCCACCCCCUUCAAAAUAACCCAAAACAAGUGUAAGUGGGAUGCCUGAAUAUCCAGUGUUGUCUUAAAGGCUUUCAUCCCUGCUUCUUCUUCUCCUCCUCCUCCAGUGUCUUUAUAGUUUUAUCAGUGAUUAUUUCUGUCAAUCAAGCCCUCUGGAAAUUUUACGAUGAUUUUUUUUUUUCUUUCACGGUGGACAUGUUUUUAUGUACUUGCUUCCUGAGAUUAGAUUCAGUGUUACUAAGGUGACUGUGGUUGUUGUGUACAUUGAUUAGCUCUAGUAACAGUUGCAUUCAGCUGUGUUGAGUGUUCGGAGUGGUGUUUGAUUAGGGUUGGGAUAUUUGCAGAAAAAAAAAAAAAAGAAAAGUGGAGCAUUUGAUACCAAGUUAGCAGCACUUGAGCAGAAUCUACAAAAAACAGAAAUAUAAGCUAAGCGAAGCACUCCUCCUGUUUUUGGUAUUUGUCAGGGGCCUGUGUCAUGAUGCAGGAUUAGUGGUGGAGUAGAAAAGAAGAGUUAAACCAGGCUGACUGGUCUCAUGAAGCUGGCUUACUUUCACCGAGUCGUAUCACUAAGCUCAGAGAGAGGUCGACUAAUAAUGAGGACACAUGCACACACUGGUACAGACUACUGAAGAUCACAUGUUUAACAAAUGUUUGUAGCCAAACCAGUUAUCCUCUUUUGUUUGUUACUGUAUCAGACACAAGAGCAGAGUAUAACUUCUGGGGUGGAUUUUAAUUUAAAGUGAAAGUCUGAGCUGUUUGGUGGUGGUUAAAUUUCAUCUACUUUUUUUUUUUUUUUUUUAAACUUAAAGACUGGUAUCUAUAUACUAUAUGUGCAGUGUGUUAAUAUUGACCAGUGCUGAACUGGCCAUUUACUAAAUAUUACUAAACACUAGUAUUUCUCACACAACAGAGAGGAGCGCUAUUUAUUAACAAUCCAAAUGCAAAUAAUGAAAGCUAGUUUGAAUAUUUAUUCACAAUUUAUGAGUUUUUACUUUUUGUAGCAUAAAAGAACACAUUGAUUAAUCGAAAAAGUGAUUGACGGGCUAACUGCAAGUGGAAAUAUUAGAUUUUUAAAUUGUUUGCAAUGUUUGUGUCCGUCUGGCAGAGCUUCAACAUUUAUUCAAUUAACAGAUCAGCUGAUUAUAUGGCAACUUGUUUAUAAUUAAUCUGGUAAAAUUUUCUCCAAUGACUGUUAGAGACGAGCAUGACGAAGACACAGCUCAGGAUUCUCUAAAAUUUUAGACAACUUUCCUUUUUUCCACUAUUUUUGAAAAAACAAAAUGUUAAUUUGCUCAAAUAAUAUAAUAAGUCAAUCCAUCUAUCAAUCAAUGGAUGAAUUUUUCCACCAGAAACCUAAAAAUAUUAAUCUUACAGGGGAAACAGAAUUGACGUAGUAGCAGAUUAUUUCAGGAAGAUUCAUUGAUAAUUUAUCAAAUUAGUUGUUACUUAAUGUUCAUUCAACUUAUAGUUUCAGCUAAACUAUACUUUAUCACACUUGGCAUUUCAUAGCUUAUGAUUGUUUGAGAUUUAUCUUUUCCACUAUUCUUACAAUAUUUUCUUCUGUAACUGUGUAAGACUGAAUCACCGUUUUCUGCUCAAAUUACUUGUAAUCGGAGAAGAAUGACUCUGCUCUUGGUCUGUUGUUUGUUCUUAGUGUUUUAGGGCAGUUCAUAUCCACAAUGUUACUAUUUCUAUUUCUCUUUCUGUCCUGGAUCCAUCAGUGUGCUGUGCAGUGCCUUCUUGUUAAACUUGUUUAAUGUUAAGGGAGGCCAGAAACCAGCUUUGUGAGACUGGAAUUCAGGAUUACCAGUGUUGGGCUCAAAGCUUAAAGAGUCAAGUUAACUUGCUUCAGGAUUCAGGCCCCUGGUGUGUUAGUUCCUGUGGCCCCUUUUACACACACAGACACACAUUAUACCAAACCACUGUGUUGCAGACCUUCAGUGAAUAAUUCCCUCCCUGCCUUCCUCCCCUCCUCUUCAGGUUUUUUUUCUUUGUAGCUGACAGUGUUUUUAUUCUGACUCUUUGAUAGCUUUAAUUCUUUGCUCUCUCUCUCUCUCUCUCUCUCUCCUGCUGUUGCCUGCCCCAGCUCAGCGACAUGUAACACACUCCCUCUGCCAUUACUGUAAAACGCUGCCUGAGCAUGGAAAACAUGUCUCAAACAUUUUUUUUUCUUUUUUAAACUGGAUCUCUGCCGCCUUAUGUGCUCUGCAGUAAACCCUCUCUCGCACUCUCUCUCCCCCCCCUCCCCACCAUCCUCUUACUCACUUCUUUACCCUUCAUCCUCUCAAGUUGUGCCUCUGGCAACAGGACUUCAGGCCGUGAUUACUGACUAUUAACUUUGCAACUGUGUGAGUGACGUCUGACUGUGAGUGUGCUUGUUAGCGAAAGGAGGGAAACGGAAAAGUACUUCUCUUCCUGUCGCCGUCUAUGUGCAUCGAUGUGGGAACUUUUAAGUCCUAGUUCAUGAACUCUGACCAUUGACCAGGCACUCAUUCAAUCCCUUGUGAUGGCGGAGAGGGGGGAGUUAAAUGGGGACUGGAGAAGACCCGCUGUCUACCCAGUCAAUGUUUUAUUUAUGGACCUCUGCACUUUUGGCUGUGAUGACUUCAGUACUUAACGUAGUUACCUGAACUGUAUUUGUAAGGAUUUUAUACAAUAUUUACAUGCAAUACAAUAUGAAUUUUUCCUUUGCCAACUUUUUUUUAAUUAUUAUUUUUAAUUUAAUUGUCUUUAUUUUGACGUGUUUGGUCACUAUUAUUCACAAACAAACAUGUCCGUUGAAUUUUUUUUAGGCAUCAAAUCUUGUUCUGGGGGAUGUUUUUCCCUGUGUGUGUUUAGUGUAUCAUGAUGCUGAUGACAGCUAAAAACCAAGAAGCAGGUGUUUGUCGGAUGAGCUAAACUUUAUCACUGUCUGCUUCCAGUAAUGAAAAUAACUGGACCAGAACAAGGCCGUGAGCAGCCCAAGCUGCGGCUCAGGAAACUGAGCUAAAUAAAACACUUAUUUUCUGUGUCAUGUCCAGUUCUGACACAGUGAUGUCAGUUUUAAUUAUUUUUUUUAUUUUUUUUUUUUCGGUACCCAAACGGUCAUCUUCACAUAAUGUUAUUGUUGUGAUAAUGUUAAAAGCCUGAAGAAACACAACUGUUGAGCUUUGGGGAGCUUGUUUUGAAGCCAUUCAUAUAUUUUUUUCUUGUAGACAUCAUGUGACUCACAUUUGGAGCAGGUUCACAACUUGAAUCCACACGGAACUGAAAGCCGAAGAAGUCAUGUCACGUCA